UAAUAAAAGGGAGAAAGCAAAUUGUAAACUGCGGAAAUCUUCCACAUUACGAAAGCGGGUUGUUAAGAAAAUUCUCACGCAUCUCUUCCAUACUGAUCACCACCGCACUCGGCCAUUCACCGUCUUCACUCCACCACUUUACAUCACCGGCGACCACCGCAUCACCACCGGGACUAAUAAUGAAUUGACACAAUUGCCUCCCCCUCAAAACAAAAAAAAACUGCCAAAUCGCAUGGGCGCAUCAUUAUCUAACCUGACGGAAAACGGGUCAGCCGACGGCAGACCAGGGCUAGGUGAUAUACCGGAAAGUUGCGUGGCGUGCGUUUUCAUGUACCUAACGCCGCCGGAGAUUUGUAACCUUGCUCGUCUCAAUCGUGCUUUUCGUGGUGCUGCUUCUUCUGACGCUGUUUGGGAAUCUAAACUUCCUUGUAAUUACCACCAACUGCUCGACCUUUUGCCUCGGCAAAAUUACGAGGGUCUCUGUAAGAAAGACAUAUUUGCGCUCCUCGCUCGUUCCGUCCCGUUUGAUGAUGGCAAUAAGGAAGUAUGGUUGGACAGAAUAAGUGGAAGGAUUUGCAUGUCGAUAUCCUCGAAAGCGAUGUCGAUAACUGGUAUGGAAGACAGGAGACACUGGAACUGGUUUCCUACACAAGAAUCAAGGUUCCAUGUUGUGGCAUAUUGCCAGCAGGUAUGGUGGUUUGAAUUAAGCGGCACGGUGAAGUUUCCUUUUCCUCCUGAUAUAUACACACUAACAUUCAGAGUUCACCUUGGGAAAAUUUUCAAAAGACUCGGCCGGCGUGCUUGCAACUUUGAGCAUACUCAUGGAUGGGAUUUGGGGCCAGUACGGUUUGAACUGUCUACUUCUGAUGGGCAAUAUGCAGUUAGUGAGUUCUUUCUAGAUGACAUUGGGCAAGAUGAUGCAAAUGGGAAUAUCAAGCGUGGGAGCUGGAUUGAGUACAAGGUGGGUGAAUUUAUUGUCAGUUCGUCAGAUCCGGUGACUGAAGUUAGAUUUUCAAUGAAACAGAUUGACUGCACACAUUCCAAAGGUGGGCUUUGUGUAGAUUCUGUAUCAAUUACCCCCAGUGAUCUGAAAGUCCAUACAAGCAAAGGGGUUUGAAGUAUCUGUAAGUGACAUGUUUUCUUGUCAAUGCUCCCAGAAAAAAAUUUGUUGGGUUUGCCGCCUUAAAACCUCUCUUUUGUGGAGAAUGUCAUUGUAAAUUUUUUGCCUUAGGUGUGUCGGUCUUUCUCCAUGUAAAUGUUACUGUUAUGUACUUGAUCCAGUUUUGUUGCAUAGAAUAGAAUACGUUUUGCAGAAGAUCAAGAAAAUAUACUUUGCUCAUUUUCAUUAGAGAAAAGUUCUAGCUGUUUUGUCAUUUUAUGUACAGAAAAAUAUGAUUCAUUUCUUCCACUUCUAUAGAACAUUUCAGCACUUUAAGUUC